AUGGCGGCGGCCACACGGUACUUUGGGGGGGCGGUGUCGUCGUCCUCACGGCAUAGCCGAGCGCUGCUGCUGUGCGCGCUGCUGGCCUUGGUACGCCUCAGCUCCGGCAACAUUAGAUUAUUGCCAGCCACUAACAUUACUUGGUCAUCCAUCAAUUUUAAGACACUGCUGCAUUGGGGGCCUAAGCCAACCAAUUAUGUUUACACAGUUGAACUAGAUGGGGAUCUAGCCAAUCGGGUGAAAACAUGCAUUUUUAUUAACAAAACAGAAUGUGAUGUUACUAAUCAGAUGAAGAAUUUAAAAGAUACAUACACUGCUCGCAUAUACUCUGAACUGCCAACUUGGGAAGAUGAUGCUGACAUCAUUUAUGAAAUUUCUCCACGGUUCACACCUUACACUGAAACUGAGAUUGGAAUGCCAACAAUCAAAAACUUUGAACAAAAAGGUAAAACUUUGAAAGUGGAGAUAGAGGAUCCAUUAACACCAGUACGAUUUGAUAAUGGAAGCUUUCAAAGUAUGAGGGACAUAUUCAAAACAGAUAUAGAAUACACACUGACCUUUUGGAAAGACCAAACUACAGGAAAGAAAUGGUUAACUAGAAAAAGCAACCAGUUUGAAUUUAGCAUUGACGAAGGGAAGAACUACUGCUUCUUUGUCCAAGCAACUAUUCCAUCACGCAAAACUAACCGAAAUAGUCAAAAAAGUGCUGAAAGUUGUACCAGUGUUCAAAGAGAGGAUUUGGAUGGUCUUCAAUUUGAGUCGAUAGUUAUAAUAGCAGCUGGUGCAGUUGGAAUCUUGAUUCUAAUAAUCGUUUUGUCUGUGGUUGUGUACAAAUGCACAAAGGCAAAAUCUGCAAGAAAAACAAAAAAAGAGGAUAUGCCCCCGAAUUUGUAGGGUGUGAGAAAGCUCAAGUCUGCAUUAUCACUACAAACUGUUCUUCAAGACUCCAUAAGAAACUCUUCUCCUACCUGUGGAAGCAGAAACAACUUUCAAUCAAGGGACACUUAUUUUUUCUGUGAAGUUCUUAGUUAAAACACUACUUUUAAAAGCCAGCCUGCAUUUAAUCUGUGAGUAACAGCUACAAGAACUGUCUAAAUAUGUUAGCUGACAGAUGUGAUGAAAAUCCUGCUGUUUGUUUUGCACUUUUGGUGUAUUUUGAGAUCAGGUGUUCUGGGUACAAAAGUUGGUACGGGUUUUAAAACGUUGUAAGAAAAGGUUUUUAACAGCCUAAUAGACUUAAUAUAAGGUGUUACGGUGCAAAUCAAUA